AACCGGGAUUGUGUAGCGGAUAUAAUGUACUUAAUCCAUCGGGGGUAGCGCGGUUGCCUCGGUGACUGGCGGCAUUUGCGACAGCCGCUCGCUUCCAGUUUGUUUCGUGAAAAAAACUUGCGUUCUGUGGGCAGAUACUGCGGCACUAAACGCCACACGGAUAAGCCGAGAGCUGGCUGAGCACUGAGAAGUGACUGGUGCCUCACCUCACCCACGGUCCUUCCUGAGCCCUGUCGCUGCCCUGUACCGACCACUCAACAAGUGCUCUGCAGAGUCAAAAAAACCAAACCAAACCAAACCAAAACCACCAAAAAAAACCCCUAAACUUACUGUAAUAAGGAAAAGAGUUAAGCAAGAGUUGUAAGGACCUCGUGCAAAUCAAAGGACCGUUUCUCUUCUUUCCGGAGAGAAGCUGAAAACCAACCAACAAUGUCCAGCGGUCACAGACCUCCAGUGGCUCGGUCUUCCUCAAGAGCAGGAACAGGGCUGACCUCAAGGCCUCCCUCUUCAUCACGGACUCCAGCAGCAGCCAGAAUAGGAACAGCGAUACCUCCUAGUACAGCAAGACCUGGUUCUCGUGGUGGUUCUUUGACUGCUGGAGGAGUUUUAUCGUCUCAGAUUAAAGUUGCAGACCGUCCAGUGACUCAACAAGGAUUAAGUGGAAUAAAAACUCCAAUGAAAGGUCCUCAGAGACAGAUAAUGGAUAAAACAUAUUACCUCGGGGUGCUGAGAAGCAAAACAAAUGAACUCACAACAGAAAUUAACAAGCUUCAGGAAGAAGUAGAAAUGUACAAGCAAGAGAAAUCUGUCUAUUUGUCAUAUGAGAAACGGGCAGAGGCAUUAGCUGGUGAAAUCAAGGAGUUUCAAGGUCAACUAGCAGACUUCAACAUGGUUAUCGAUAUACUUAACACGAGUACAGAUAUGACAGAAGUGAUUCGCAAUUCCAAUAUGUUAAAGGUACAGAAUGACCAAGACGCUCAGAGUAUGGAUAAAAUUUUCACAGAAAGACAAAACACAGAAAAGUUAAUUCAAACUGUAGAAGAAGACAUUGAACAUGAAAAGGUUGUGGCAGAUGACAUAAUAAAAGAUAUGUCGCAGGAAGAUCAAGCUAAAUAUAUGGAGAUGAAGGCUGCUAAUGAAAAACUCUCCCAGGAAUUGCUUGUUCAACAGCAGGAACUGGAUGUAUUAAAUGUAAAGGAAGAAAAUCUAAGAGCUGAAAUAGCACAGUCUGGAGUGAAACAGGAAGCUGUGCAUCUAUAUGAAAAGCUUCAUGAGCUCAAGGAACGUCGAGAUCAAAUUAUUGCUGAGGAUAAGAACAUGGAAUCUCCACAGGAGGAAAGAGAGAGAUUACUAAAGCAGGUUAAAGAUGAUAGUCAGAAAAUAGCAAGCAUGGAAAGACAGCUGACAGAAGUAAAAGAAAAAACAAAACAUUUUAAAAACAUCAUUCAACAACUUGAUAUGGAUCUGGAGAAUUAUCGAGAAGGAGAAGAAAAUUGGAAAUACAAGGAGCUCAAGAAGAGUGAAGAAAGUAUGGACAAUUUUCUUGAGACUUUUGAAGACGUUAAGAAUCAGGAACUUGAAAGAAAGUCCCAAAUAGAAGCCAACAUUGUUGCACUUCUGGAGCACUCGAGCAGGAAUCUGAAUCAUAUGAAACAAAUUUCAUCUGUUACAAAUCAAGAGCUGAAGAUUAUGCAGGAAGACCUCUCUUUCAAAUCAAGUGAAAUGCAGAAGUCACAAAGCACUGCUAAGAAUCUGGUUACAGAGAGUCAAAAACUGCAGAUGGACUUACAGAAGAUGGAACUGUUGGAGGGCAAGAUGGUUGGUGAACUGGCUUCUCUUAAAGACAAAAUUGAACAGACAAAAGCGGAGUUGGAGGUCUACAGUAAUUUGCCAGCUCUGAAAGCAUCAGGAGAAGAGAAGGAAAAGAGACUCCAGGAUGACAAAGAAAAAUUAACAAAGCGUAGCCGUUCUUUCAAGAAAAUAAUGGAGCUCUUGAAUGCAGAGUAUGAGAUGCUAAAGAGGGAGCUGCAAGAAAACGAGACACAUUCUCAGCUUACAAAUUUGGAGAGGAAGUGGCAGCACCAUGAGCAAAAUAACUUUAUGAUGAAGGAAUUCAUAGCAACAAAAAGUCAGGAGAGUGACUACCAGCCAAUAAUGAAGAACGUGAGAAAGCUGGUCAAAGAAUACAACAAGGCUCUCAUAGAAGCUUUACAGAACACCAAGAACUGAACCCAGGCAUUUCCUUCCUGCCCCAAUGGGUCAACAAUGAGAGAUGUGCACAGCCAGCAUGGAAAGCUGGACUCCUGAGCUCACUCACUCACCAUUAUGGUGACAGAUAUUCUUAAAAGUAUUUUUCAAGGUUUUUAGAAGUUACAGGUUUUAAUAGUAAGCUUCCUUUUGUGCUGUUUAAAAUUUUUAGAAAUAAACUUCUGAAUUUUAGAAACUUGUAUAAACAAAAAGGAAAUACUGCCCUAUGAGUUACGGAAGCCCAUUGCUAAAUUGCACCUCAAAUGUGAAAUUUCAGUCUGCUUUACAUGUUAAAUUUCUAAUUGUUAUGUCAUUAUUCCAUCUCUAUUUAGAUAGCAAUUUAUAUCAAGUAAGGCAAACAUCUAAGGAUAACAAGCAUCUUUUCAAGUCAGAAUUGCCAGGGAGUGAAUGCCAGCAAAUUUUCAUUUCCUAAUGAACUUCCUUUUUUUAUAAAAUGUAAUUAUAAAAAAAGAACUAUGAUAAAACGUAGUGAAAUGUAGCUAAUACUUAUUUUGUGGAGCAUUUCACUCUGUAAUAUUCACCAGUAAAGGAAAUAAAAGGGAAAAUUACUUGCAUUUUCUGCAAUGAUUUUUUCCUCCUUUUUCAUGCUUCAGUGCCCUAUGCAACCUCUGACAAAAAUACACAGAAAGAGUUUCAACAUAGAGCAAAACCAGGACUGAUACGGAAAUUUCAGAAAACAAAAUUUCCAUUUAUAUAUUUCCCUCACAUUCUACAUGUCUGUAUUUCUAAACUGCGUAUUGAUAAUUUCCUUUACCUGGUAUGCUGUAAGCUAGUCCUGGUCAAAGAGAAAAAUGCACAGUUGACUACAGAUAGGAAUCUUAGAUAGACAGGAACAAAGAAAAAGUACUAAAAAGCAGUGGGAUCUGGAUUUACAGUUGUUGUACUCUCUUAAAAAAGUUUUCUGGAAAAGGGGUAGACUAUGUGCUUCACUUCAUAAAACUGAAGUUCUGAAAUAAUUAUCCAGUGUGCUGAGUCCAUUAAAAUAGUUCUGUGUUUUUGUCACUAAAUUUCUCCAAAUCUUUGAUUGUCAUUUUGAGUAUAAAGAAAUAUGUAAAAUAAAAAUAUUGAAGAUUCUUGCAGAGAACAAGUGUGUUUGCAAAUCCAACAUAGUAAAUGCUGUUGCUCUAUAUAUUUAUGUCUGUAUAACAUCUAGAGAUAAUGGAACAGGAUUUCUAUAAACCAAGGACUGUUAUCUAGGGGAAAUUCCCACUAAUGUCUCUUCCUUCCUGUCAGAGUUUCAGCUAUUCCAGAGAGAGCCCAUUAUUUGCUGAGAUAAAGUUGAAGUCUAAUAUUCUUACCAAUCCAACCAUCAGCCAGAGAGAUCACCUCCUGAAUUCCACUUGUGCUAGAAUAACAUAUUGUAAUGAACAAUGGAAAAAAGCUGCAGACUGAAUAAACAGACUGCUUUGAAUUUGCUUUCACUCAGGGCAGGGGAAGGUUUUAUUCCUUGGUAGUGAUUCCGUAUGGCAGCAUGGUAAAGUUUACAGGGUUUAGUUCUGUUCCACAGGAGAUGCCUGUCAUAAAAACCUUUUCUCCACCAUGCUGUCCUUUCCUGUAUUCUAUGAAGAAUCUUCAACAGAAGAUCCUUUUGCUUUUUGAGAAUCUCAUCACUCUUAAAACUUCUUUUAACAGUUCAUACUUGUGGUCCUAAAUUGUGGACACAGUAUGCAUGGCUGGAAAGAGCUGUAUAGAUUCUAAGUGGUGAACUACGCGGCGAGUGUUUAUCUCUCUCUGGGAGAUUAAUAACUCCUUCCCCAUUGUGAGCUGAGUAAAUUGUAUCCAUGUAACCCAGACUAAAGUCUCAGGGAAAAUAACCUUUUCUUUAACUCUUUGUAUCUUUUUUAUUUUAAAUGCAGUUUAAGUACGAGACACACGAUGCUUUUUCAUCAAAGCUCCUGUGUGUACAUCAAGACACUAAUUCGGUAACAUAGGUCUCCCUGC